UUUAUUUUUUUGGCUUUAUGUAAACUGACUUUCAAGUGUUGGUGUGCGGCGGGGAGCAGAUUGAUUCUUUACCCCAAUCUCCUCUCGAUCCCAAUCUCCUCUCGAUAACAUAUGACUUCUUCAUUCCAUCCUCUUCCACAAGCUCCACUUCACAAGUCUCAUCUAUCGGAACCAUCUCACUUUCUUCUUUCUUCGAGCCAAAACUAGAAGAACUAGAACCUUGAUGGGGUCAGUAGCUCUGAAAAUCGGGGAUGGAACAGCAAGAUUCAGAACAGCAGCCCUGUAUUCUUCAGCAAUCAACAUUAUCAUGCUCUUCUCUUUGUUCACCACCAAUCUAUUUGCUUUUUACGCUUUCACAUCCUCCCCAAAGGACCGCCAAAGCCACCUACUUCACCAAACUCACAAUAACAUCUCUCUCAUUUCGGAGCACGUCUCGCUGAUCCUCAGAGAGAUCGAUUCCUCGAAGAAAAAGCUAGCCAAGAUGAAAAAAGAGCUUCUUGGCUACGAAAGCCUCGAUCUGUCAAGACCUCACCUUGCAAACGAGCUGAAGCUUUUUCUCCAGCCUCGCCAGCUUCCACUGGGGAAAGACUCAAGAACUGGGAUCACCGAAAUGGUUGCUUCCGUGGGCCAUUCCUGUGUGAAAUCCGUGGACUUAUUGUCUCAGUAUAUGGCUUACAAGGUCUCUGGGCCUUGCCCUGACGAUUGGAGCGUUGCCCAGAAGCUAAUUUUGCGCGGUUGUGAGCCUUUGCCCAGAAGAAGGUGCUUUGCCAAGUCUGUUCCUAAGGUGGGUCUCGACCCUUUUCCCAUUUCUCUCUGGAAACCUGUCGCUGAUAAGAAUGUUAUCUGGAGUGGUCUUGAGUGUAAGAGUUUUGAGUGUUUGAACAGCGAGAAACUGAGUAGAGAUUGUGUUGGUUGUUUCGAUUUGGUUGGUGGGUACGAGAAUCAGAAGUUUGUCAAGUCUAGAGGCAAAAAUGAAUUUCUAAUUGAUGAUGUUUUAGCUUUGGGAAGUGGAGGGGCCAGAAUUGGAUUUGAUAUUGGUGGUGGGUCUGGGACCUUUGCUGCUAGAAUGGCAGAGAGGAAUGUGACUGUGAUCACUAGCACCUUGAAUAUUGAUGCCCCAAUUAGCGAAUUUAUUGCUGCAAGAGGACUUUUCCCUCUAUUCUUGAGUUUAGAUCAUCGUUUCCCUUUCUACGAUAACACGUUUGAUUUUGUUCACGUCGUUGGUGGAUUGGAUAUGGGGGGAAAACCUGAGAAAUUGGAGUUCCUUAUGUUUGAUAUUGAUCGCAUUUUAAGGGCUGGCGGCUUGUUUUGGUUGGAUAAUUUUUGUUGUCCUAACAACGAGAAGAAAAGUGAGUUAACAAGUUUGAUUGAAAGGUUUACAUAUAAAAAGCUCAAAUGGGUUGUGGGGGAGAAGGCAGACUCAGCCGGGUCAGGGAAAUUAGAGGUUUAUUUGUCUGCCGUUUUACAGAAGCCUGUGAGAGUAUGACACUCAAGAGGGCUUCAAUAGGAAAUAACAGGAGCUGGAACAACUCGGAUGGUUAUCUGGGGAGAGGACAUCUGGUGCAUAUGUUGCAUGGAAUGCUUGACUUUGCAUCAGCUCCAUAACCACUUGUAAUCAGUGUAUGGGUCAAACAUUGGAUGAGUUUCUUGAAUCGAUUCAAUAGUGCGCACAAAGACACCUUACCAGCUUCGUUUCCUCAAUCCAGGCCUAAUGGCACCCGCAGCAGAGCAUCCAUUUGCACCCUUUCUUUGAUCUGUUAAUUGGGGUAAGCUCAGAAAUUAAUCAGAAAAUUAGCCAAUUGAGGUUCCUUA